CAACCAACUCCAGUGCUCAGAUGGCCCAGCUCAACAAUUGCACCUUCCCUUAAGGUACUUAAUGAAGCGCACAGCAUCGCAAAAAAGACACUGAUACUUCCCGGUCUAGACUGUGCCAGGCUGGUUGCCCGGCUCUUUCGCAUCAUGGACGAUCAACCAUUACCCUCGGGAGCCUCGCAGGCCACGCACGCGUCCCUGCUCGAGCUGGACCCGGAACCCAUAGAGUCGCCAAAUAUGGAGAAGGACCUCCCUCCGCUGCCGGACCACGCCGACGGCUCACCCUUUGACUCGACACCUUCCCCUAAGGCGCCGUUAACGUCCACCAGCCUCGGCCUAAGCGGCAGCAGCCACGGCGCAAUCUACUACCUAACCCGCAUCCAACGCUACUCGUCCUACACCUUCACCCUCUUCGGUGCCCUGCACCUAGCAACAACCUCGCUCAUCCCCCUCGCCGCCCAGUCCGUGCCCGCCUCCGAAUCCUACCUGCUCCUCGCCCGCGAGAUCUACCAGACCCCGCUCUCAGAACCCCUCCUCGUCGCCCUGCCCGUCGUGGCCCAUGUCGGCGCGGGUGUCGCCCUACGCCUGCUACGAAGAACCCACAACCUGCAACGCUACUACGGCGACAACCACCACCACCACCACUUAACCAAGCCUCUCACCGCCCCGCUCGUGGGGACCGCUCCUCAGGCCAGCGGCGCAUCAUACACCGGCUGGCCGGCAUUCAGCUUCAUCGCCUGCUCAGGCUACGCCUUCACCGCGAUCCUCGCAGCGCACGCCUUCAUGAACCGCGGCCUGCCUUUGCUGGUGGAGGGCGACAGCGCCAACAUCGGACUGGCGUACGUCGCGCACGGGUUCGCGCGGCACCGCGCUGUCUCGUGGCUCGCCUACAGCGUGCUUUUGGCGGCCGGGUGCGGGCACAUGGUGUGGGGGUGGGCCAAGUGGCUUGGGCUGGCGCAGGGCGCGGGCUGGAGGCUGGAGCGGCACACGGGCAAUGCGGUGGUUGACAGGGCCGCGAGGAAGAGGAGGCGGAGGCGGUUGGUGGUCAUUAAUGCCGUUGCGGCGGCGGUCGCAGCGCUGUGGGCCGCUGGAGGGCUCGGGGUUGUUGCGCGGGGAGGGCAGACGCUGGGGUGGGUGGGCAAGUUGUAUGAUGGACUCUAUGACAAGGUGCCGGGCUUUUGAAUGGAUGAAGGGACAGUCGGCUGGUGCACAGUUGUGGGAUGUCCGGUGCUGGUGGGAAAUGCGGUCAGGCCCAGGCUGGUUGGGGAAUGUUCUUCUGGGCAUGGUGAUGGGUUGUUGUCGGGCAAGAAGUGGGGAGUGAGCUUCUAACGGUCCAAGUGUUUGCGGCAUCGCGGGAUCAUUGCAUAGCGAUCUGGCUGAUAGACAGCGGAUAGAGUUGGUCAUGUUCACAGUACCUGAUAUCUGGGCUAGGGUCAGGGGCUUCAGUCCUCCAAGCCUCCAAGUUGACUUCACAUGUCAGAAUGUGCUAGGAGUCCAGCAUCAUGUCAGUCGACACGAGCUUGGCAACCCUGAACUACCCAAGGGAUGGAAGUUCCUUCAUUCCACGCUUGAUUACAACACUUAGCCUUUGUUGACAUUGGAGGACGAU